UUAUCAUUAUCAACAUGAUUGCAAUCAGUGAUCAGUGCAAAAUGUGAAAGAAAAUUCGCGAGUUCUUACCAAGUUUUAUGUAAAUUAAUGAACGAGUAGUCGUUUAUUUAUUAAUUUACACGUUGUAUUUACGUUCGCCGGUUUCAAGGAGUUAUAAUAAGACUCAUUUUGAGUAAUUAAACGUCGUUCAAUUUUUACGACACAAUUACACUUCGUCUUUCAUCAUAUAAUAUUCCGGUACCAUCAAUAUGUAUCCGCUUUUAUGCAGGCGUUCUAUGAUGCAGAAUAGAGCAGGUACCUUGAUAAAAUGUACCUUGCGUCAUGGCCGAACGUACGCUAACGUUGCAAAUCAAACCAGAAAAUCCAAACCUUCUAGUCUGAUAACGCAAACUGUACAUUCUAACGUUUUUCUAAAUUCCGUAAUGCGCACCUCGAAGCGAUCUUUAGCUUCAUAUUGUGAUAUAUUCUCUCGAAACCACAUUUCCACCGACGAUAGUUCGUUUUAUCCGAUUUACGUUCACAAUUCCAUCCAAAAUGGUCGAUAUGUCCACAGCAGCGCUAUAUUAUUCGCUGAUAAACCAUCGUCCAAAAUCGAAGAAACUGUAACUGCUCUGAAAGAGAAAGCCAAAUCGCAUGAGAGCGGCGAAGGCAAACCGAAAGAUGUCAUCGUGAAGAAAUCCUUAAAACAGAAAAUUGUCGACGAGCUUGUACAUUAUUAUCACGGUUUUCGAUUGCUGUUCAUUGAUAUUUCGGUAUCGAUUAAAUUAUGUGGAAGAAUUCUAGCCGGCAAACAAUUGAGCAGAAGGGAACGAAACUUGCUUGUUCGAACUACUUCGGAUUUGUUCAGAUUGGUGCCGUUUUCGGUAUUCAUUAUUGUUCCAUUUAUGGAAUUAUUGUUACCCGUUUUUAUCAAGUUGUUCCCUGGAAUGUUACCGACCACUUUUGAAACAGCUUCUGAAAAAGAUAAGAAAAUGAAGCAGUCGUUGAAAGUGAAACUCGAAAUGGCUAAAUUUUUACAAGAAACGUUGGAUAAUAUGACGCUGAAAGGCACCGGUCAUUCUUCGCAAGCGGCUAAAGAUUUUGCAGGGUUUUUCGAAAAGGUCCGUUCGCAAGGUGGUCUUUGUACGAGCGAAGAAGUGAUGAAAUUUUCCAAAUUAUUCGAAGACGAAAUCACAUUAGACUCGCUUCCUAGACCGCAGCUGAUAGCGUUAUGUCGAGUGCUUGAAUUGAAGCCAAUUGGCACGUCGAAUUUCCUUCGUUUUCAACUUCGAAUGAAAUUACGAAGCUUGGCCGCCGACGAUGUCAUGAUCCAAAAAGAAGGCAUAGACACGUUGACGUUGAGCGAGCUGCAGCAAGCGUGUCGUGUACGAGGAAUGCGCGCGUAUGGUUUAUCGAUGGAUCGACUCAAGUAUCAAUUAUCUCAAUGGCUGGAAUUAAGCUUGCAUAAAAAAGUACCACCGUCGUUGUUACUGUUAUCGAGAGCUUUCAUGUUACCAGAGACCAUUCCUACUACGGAUAAAUUAAAAGCUACUAUAUCCGCGUUACCCGAAACUGUGGCUGUGAGCACAAAAGCUGCUAUUGGUGAACGAGAGGGUAAAGUUGACAAUAAAACUAAAAUCGAGAUUAUCAAAGAAGAACAACGUAAAAUCCAAGAAGAACGUAAAGAAGUGCUGGAAGAAAAACGUCAAGCCAAGGAAAAAUUGGAUGAUGAAAAAUUACAACGCGAUGCCGAAUUAUUGGUGGACAAAGCAUCCGAACUUGUCGACAAAGCUAUCGAUUUGGAACCCAAAGUAUUGUUUGAUAAAGCUCAACAUACCAUACAAACCAUCGAUCACGUUAAGAAGAAAUUAGAAGAUCAAGAGGUGUCUUCCGAAGAUAUUCAAACGUUAGAAGACGCCAUGGAAAUUCUAGCUUCCGAAAAGAAGAGCUUCUUGUUAGAAAAAGAAGAACUACAAGAUCUGAAAGAAGAAUUGGCCGAAUACAAAGAGGACGUCGAAGAUUUACAAGCUGUCGUCAAGACAUCGGAAGAAGCCGACGAUGCCAAGAUCAAAGAAUCCAAAGCAGCCAAACGUUUAUUCAAGAAAGUCAACAGCAUGAUUCAAAAGAUGGACGAAGUUGUAACGAAAUUAGAAAAGAAAGAAAAAGAUAUCAAAGAUACGCUCGAUCAUGAAGAAAAAGCCGCCGAUAACGACGAACUAUUACGAAUCGACGAACUAAUCGGCGCUAUUCGUAAAAUACAAAAAAUUCCCGACGAAGGGAAAUUGGAGAAAAUUGCCGCCGUGUUGGGUAAAAUCGACGAAGAUCGAGACGGUUCCAUUCGCGUCGAUACGGUUUUAAAAGUUUUAGAAGAAAUCGACGAAGAAAACGUCCAACUUUCGUCAGCACAAAUCCAAGAACUGGUCGACUUACUAGAAAAGGAAGCCGCCAUCGAAGUCGAAGAACAAGUAGAAAAAGCGUUGGAAAAAGAGUACUCGAAAGCGGCGCCUUCGUCGUCCAGCGAUGAUAAAAAAAGUCUGAACGAAAAAUUAAAAAUUCCCGAAAUACCAGCCGCCGGAAAGACUGUACCGCCACCGAGUGAAGAAGUGGAAAAACCGAAAUCGAAAGUAUUAUAAAUCAUGUGAUCCUCCUCCUCCUCCUCCUCCUCGUUUACAUACUUUUUUUUUAUAGCAAAUUAUUUUCAGUUUUACGAGAUGCGUUAUCAUUUCGUCAACGGAAAUAUGUAUUUUAUUUGCCAUAAUAACGAAAAGUUGUUCUACCAUUAUUUUAAAUAUUAUGUACUAUUAAAUUAGGUGAGAUUUUUGUAUAAACUUUUUCGCCGUGUUGUAAAUAAUUCUCUGUUUAUAGCGGCGCUGAUUCCGAUUCUGUAUCUCGCUGCUGACUGGCGUGGUUCUGGUUGCUUUUUAUCUGUUAUAACGUGAUUUUUUUUUCCUUUUCGUAUACCAAAUGUCUGUCUCUUGUCUUGAAUUUUGUAAUGAGAAUGUAAUUUAAUGCAAGUAUGUACUAGAGCCUUGCACGAUGGCUGAUGAUCGGUGCACCGGUGUCGCUAAAUUAUUAACUGCCUGCUUUUUAGCGAGUAGUAAAAUACAAAGUACCUACUCGGUUUACGUACUACUCUCAGAUAUGGACAUUUUUUUUCUCACGCCCACGAUCACGAUAUUUAGUACGUUCUUACGUUGUUUAAAAUAUGCAUCGAGGAAAUGUCCAAAGGGGCGUGGUUUAUGAAUUUAAUUAAACCGAUUCCGGUGCAACCUAGAUGCUAAAGCACUAAGCAGUGAGAAAGUAAUUAUUUCAAGUAGAACGAUGCUGCGAUAUCAAUAUAAAAUUACUCAUUUUUGAUUUACUCUAACCUUUCGUAGGUCAUAAAGACGAUUAUUAGGCUACAAUUUUCGUUGAUAAUGUUGCUGGCAUCUGUCUGUUUGUGCAGGGCUCUAAAUUAGGUAGCUAAGUAUGUACCAUGUAGUAUAAAAUGUUAAUAAGUACACGUACGUUUGGUGCGA